UUAAUGUUUUGUCAGACAAUGCUAUGUUAGACAACUUGGUACAAAACACCACUGAAUUCCUUCUUAGUGUUAAGUCAGGCAGUAUUAAGUCAGGCAGUAUUAAGUCAGUCAGUAUUAAGUCAGACAGUGUUAAGUCAGACAGUAUUAAGUCAGACAGUGUUAAGUCAGACAGUAUUAAGUCAGAUAGUAUUAAAUCAGACAGUGUUAAGUCAGACAGUAUUAAGUCAGAUAGUAUUAAAUCAGACAGUAUUAAAUCAGACAGCGUUAAUGUUAAGUCAGACAGUGUUAAGUCAGACAGCGUUAAAUCAGACAGUGUUAGGUCCGACAGCGUUAAAUCAGACAGUGUUAGGUCAGACAGUGUUGAGUCAGACAGUGUUGAGUCAGACAGUGUUGAGUCAGACAGUGUUAAGUCAGGCAAUGUUAAGUCAGACGGUGUUAACAUC